UGUUCGGUGUGUUUCUGGGAUUGCCGGAGGAAAAGCGAUGGAUGCAGAGCUUGAGUGCUUGUUCGUCUGACGCGCUGAUGGACGAGAGGGCGAUUGUAGCGAAGGGAUGCUUCUCUCAUGGAUUACAGUAAAACAAAGCCUUAAGGAUGUGGGUUUUCAAGCUGUGGAUGUGUUCACCACUGGUAAAAGGGAUGGAUCCAGAAGAACAAUCCUUCUCCUCCUCAUCUGUAGCGUCUCCAGCCUCCUGCUCAGCUCCCUGCUCCUCCUGUACCUCCUCUUCGCUCUGGACUAUGAGCUAGCAGUGGCUGGGGGGAUUGCUGCCUGCUUUGGGACACUGCUGACUGUUGCCCUCUUCCUAUCAAAGAGAGUAAGGUGUUUAGGGACUCUUUUUGUUAUAUCCAUUUUCAUGAAAAAGAGUAGGAACUUGCUGUUAACUGCUGGAACCAGUUUAGUGGUUCUUAAGAACAUCCGUAACACUCUGGAGAACCUCUCGCUGCUGGUCAGGAGUAUGAUUUGCAACCUGAAGGCAAAAAAAGCCUCCAUCAUUGCUCCAUUUACUAACUAUGUUCAGAUGUUGAAGUGGAUAGGAGACAUGCUCAAAGGGGUUACAAACCUGGGAGUAGUGAGAUUUGACUCCGAGCUCAACGUCUCUCCAAGACUGGAAUCAGAAGAAUUCAGGCAGAGACUCGCAGGAGCGGAGCAGAAGCUCAACGAGUCUGUGAAAUAUGCACAGGCCCUGAUGAAUACAGUGAGCUCAGUGACCGACAGGAUGUUUCCUGCCAUCAGCUUCCUCUUGCUCAUGAUGUUUAUAGCAUUGCACAUAAAAAAAUACUGCAGAGACAUGAAAUACAAAAACAGGUUCAUCAGCAGCAAGUUUGUUCAUUUUGACGAGAAGCAGAAGGCGGAAGGAAAAACCCACGUCCUUCCCCUCACGGCAGAGGAGGAGCAGCUGUACACCUUCAUUCCCUCCGCCCGUCCCACAACAAGAGAAGGGAAAGCUAUGGUGAAAUUUGGAAUUCCAGUUGUCUCCCACUUCGUAGCUUGGGUCAUAUUCAUAACUGUGGACGCCUUGCUGUACUGUUUUGUUGACAUUGUUACAACAAGGUUAUCAGAGCUGGAGCCAUUCCACGUCCCUUUGUUAAUGAGCAUCAAAGGGAUUGCAACUUUAAUAGGAAUGCCUGUUGGACAAGAAAAUCAUGAAAAAGACUUUUCCUACUCUGUGACUCUGUUUGAGAAGCAGUGCCUCCCCAAACCCAAGUUGUUGCUAUAUAGCUCUGUAAUUCCACUGACUGCCAUCCUGCUCACCCUGCUUGUUAUGGCUCUGAUGGCAACCAAAGUCUCCCAGCUAAGGCUGAUGGUAUGUGAACAGUUCUUCCCCACUGCUGCAGAGGAGAGAGUGGAGUACCUCCACGGCAAAAUCCUGAGGAAGAGAUUCAAAAUGAGAAAGGAGAAAAACAACUGCAGCCUCAGGUCACUUAUUACCAAGCCAUAUUUCUGGUUCCCGCUACUGUUUCAUCCCAAAGAGGAUCCACAAAGUAUCCUGUGAGGAAAAUCUUCUCCACUCUCCACACAGACACUCUAGUGAUGGCAGUGCUAGUCCUUGGUCGGCUGGUCUCACUAGUCUGGUGCAGACUGACAGAUCAACAUGGAUGGUCCAUGGUUCUCGCGGAGAGAAAUAUCAGCCUUAUACUUUAGUCUGUCAAUGAGAACUUCUGAACCAAAGUCUCUAUUUUGGCGUCGUCCGGGUAAACACUACAGUAUAUUGCAAACAUGUGACAUC